AUGGGCGAAGAGAUGAACCCACGCAAUAAAGAGAAUCCUGGUCCUUGGAAGCUAGCCCAAUACAUCGAAGUCAGCAGUGAAGAACAAGGGAAUUAUGAGAAGUUGAAGAUUGCCAGUCGCUGCAUCCAAGGUGACGCCUAUCAUUUGUCGGAGGUACCCAACAGCACCACACUGGCAAAAGAUAAGAAGCGCCACACUUAUCUGCGAAUCAUUAAUGCUUGCUUCCAUCCUGAUCAUUGCGAACGGUUCAUCACGUUGAAUGACAGGAAGACAAGAGAUGACUUCGAAGCUUCUGGCGGUGGAAGCCCUGUGAAGCAGUUUUGGCUUGAUGUUUCAGAGUUUGUCAAUGAUCGAGAAAACAACGAAGUGUUGUGUCUCCUUCAUUUCAGUAAUGAGGAUGAGGAUGAACGAAUGCAUGAUAUCAGGUGCAAUAAUCAGCCAGAGCUGAAUGACUUUGACCAUUCAACUCAGGCAAGUUGUGCUCAGAUGAUGAAUGAUGCCAUGAGAGCAAGAGAGAAAGUGCGUUUUGUUGCAAUGAAAGCAUCAGGUUCCCAUGGCAGCGACUUUUGGUCCUUUUGUCGGAUGAAGACUCUCACGGUUCGCCAAUGCUGCAAGGUUCCUCCUGAAGUAGCCUAUUACAUUGAUCUUAUGUGCCUCGAGCACCCUGCUAUUGAAGGGGCCUUUGAACAAUAUCUGAAGGAAGACCUUCGCUCUGACUCCACAAAGCUCCCUGAAAGCGGUUCAAUCUUGACCAGCAGCACAAGUAGUCUUACAGGGUCGACGGCUACACGAACCAAUGAAAACAUGGCAAGAAUUUUCCAUAACACCAGCAACGGAAUCAUCGCGAUCCAAACAGCAAGAGCUGAAAGUGACACCAGCAGAAUCGAAGAGGAGAGAAUCACCAGACAGUGGGCUGAGUACGAUCGUUUGGCAGAGCGUGUUAUCUCUCUACGUGAAAGCACAAGACCAGGAGCUUUGCAGUUGCUGCGCAAUAUUGCUAAACGUGUUCGGGAUCUGGAAGUUGAACUUAAGAUUGGCAUUGGAGAGUCAAUUGUUUGCCAUCUCAUCCCACCAAGCCAUGACCAAGAAGAGCGCGCGAUGAUGCAAUUGAGCGAGGGCAAUGAGGAUGAUGGUAGCAACAAAGAGCAAGAGUUUGACAAGCUUUGA